GGAAGAGAGGUAGAGCGAGUAGAGUUGUUGUUGACGUUCAUACGAGACUAUUUGUAACCAAUCAUUAAUCACGUGAUUAGAUUUUGCCAAUUAAAAGUAACCAUCUUACAUCUUGUAUUAGAUAUCAAAAAAGAAUGUCAAAUAUUUGGGUUGCUGCAGCUAACGGUGACAUACAACGCGUUACGGAACUUAUAAGAAGUGGAUUGUCUCCAAAUUCUAAAGAUUCUAACGGAUACACCCCAUUAGCAGCAGCAGCAUCAUAUAAUCAUUUUGAUUUAAUUGAGUUUUUGAUAUCAGAAGGCGCAGAUGUGAAUAUUCGUGACAAUGAUAACGAUACACCUUUAUAUGUUGCAGAAAAUGUAGAAGUGGCUCGAAAAUUACUUAGCCAUGGGGCGGACCCAUUUGUUAAAAAUUCAGAAGGAAAAACUCCAGCACAAGUGGCUUAUGAAGAAGAAUGGUUUGAAGUUGCUGAACUCUAUUGCUCUAUAACGGGGGAACAGAUACCAGCAGCAGAUUAAACCAAUUGAUUCCUAAAACGCGUUUUUUUAGAAAAUUUAUUUUAUUGCAUUUAACCAUUUAAAUAAUGUCAUUAAUAAACAAUUUGUCAAAACCAAAUAAUUCUUUGUAAAAGUUAGUUUUUACGUUUUUGAAAAAAGGAGGACA